GGGGGAAAAUCUCAUUCGCUCUCAGACCGUGAGUACCUCCGCUCAGGGAAAAAAAAAGCGCUGGGAAGUUCAGACUCUCUGAACUCAUGCAAGAAACCGGAUGACGGAUAGAUUUUAAAUUGGACUCGUGUGUCCGUGUUUGUUUUUCGCUUUGAGUUUCUUUUUUUUUUUUUUUUUCAAAGUCACUUCGGAACGAGACUUGCCCUGGGAUCGACUCUCACCUCGAAGUUUCCAAGAUGAACUUCGAUCCGGUGGUCGGGAAACUUUCUGUGGCCGUGGCGACGCUGCUUCUCGGGCUUGUCUGCCGCGCGGCAGAGCCCCCUGCCCCCCAGUGGUCCGGUGAGGAUUACAGGAACCUGACCCUGCGGCGACUCAGGACCUGCGUGGAGAAUGAGCAGUACCUCCACCAGGGAUUCUGCUGCCUCAACUGCAAGCAGGGAACCUUCGUGAAAACACCUUGUGAGCGAGAUCUAGAACAAGGAACCUGUUUGUCCUGCGAGCACGGACAGACCUACACAGAGCACCCCAACGGGAUGACCCGCUGUCUGCCCUGCACUCACUGCCGGCUAGACGAAACUGAAAUUGCGGCGUGCACAACAACCACCGACACCAAGUGCCAGUGCAAGCCCGGUACCUUCUGCGUCCCGGACCAGGCCUGCGAAGUCUGCAAGCGCUGUGCCAGGUGCAAAGACGGCGAGGAGGAGGUGAAGAAGUGCACGCCCUUUUCUAACACCGAGUGCCGAAGGCGAGACCCGCCUCCCACUGAGACCGUCACACCUCAGCCUCCUUCGGUCCCCGGUGCUCCAACCAAAACCUGGUUUCCUGUGUUAGUUGUCUUGAUCUGCUGCGUGAUCAUUGCCACCCCGUUUAUCCUGUGGUACCUACGGAGGCAGCAUUCGUGUGACGUACCAUGGUCGAAGAGUUCGUGCGACUCCAGUGAAAUAGUAAAGAUUCCCAUUGAUGAGAGCGGAGCCACGGCCGAGGAGAAACAGAACAAUCAGAACGCAGGCCUAGAGGGCGAGGAGCCGCGCCCGGAGUCGCGGCCGCUGCUGCAGGAGACCCAGGCCGGGAUGACCAAGGCCUGCCCUCCUCUGGAGGACGAAGACCGCGGCCUGGGGGACAGUUUGCCCAACACCACCAGCUCGUCUCAGACCAGCCUGUCGGCUCUGCCCACGGUUUCCUCCUAUGGCAACACCCCACACCAGAGCCCCGCUGGCCUCAGAGCGCUGCCUUCAGACACGGACGACCCGUUAGGACAUCGAUUGGUGCCGCUACUUGGCUCGGAGAAGUCCCUCAGGAAGAGCUUCGACCUGUUCGACGAGUACCUGGACUUCCGGAUCCACAACAAGUUCUUCCGACUGAUCGGCAUCAGCGACAACCACAUUCGCAUCGCGGAGAACGGCGCGCCCGGCGACAAGGUGUACGAACUGCUUAAGAACUGGAUGCAGCGGCAGGGGCUGAAAGCGGACAUCAACGACCUGCUGGACGCCCUCCUGAGCAUGGACCAGCGGCGGUCGGCCGAGAGCAUCGCUUACGCCGCCCUCAGGAAGGGCUACUACAAGCACGCCCACGCGCCCUGAAGCCGUCGGCCCCUGGUGGACCGCUAACGAAGUAAACGCGACGCACUCGACCACCAGGCCAAAGCACAGCCACGUACGUAGGACACUAUGUCAGACAGGCUUACCUCCUUUUGUGGCCGUUUUCAGCCGCGCUUUAAGAAGCCAGUAGUUUAAAGAAGAAUUAGAAAAAAAAAACACUAAAGGCGGAGAGUCGAGACGGAGCGAUCAGCCGUCUGACGUUGUUGACUACUCACCGAAUGCUGAAGAUUCAUUGUGAAAGCAAAAAAAAAAAAGACGUUCAAAUCUGCUUUCAAAAGAAGCCCAAAGGCUUUAACUUUUGCCUUCUGACACGUUUGGGCGUUUGUCGGCUGUCGGGGAGAAGCGUAGCGGCCGGACGCUGAACGCACACGCGUCUCCAGCCGCGCCCCUUCCACCCCAGGCCCCCCCCCGAGACACUACCGGGAGACGAGAGGAUAUAUACACUGGUUUGUAGGAGUGGCAUCACAUGUGGCUGUUUAAUGCACUGGUAUCUGGCACAUGUAGACGAUAAGCAGGUGUUUCAAUGUGUUGUUCAUGUCCAUUUUCCUCACCGAUGGGAAGGAGAAAACGUUUCGCAAAUACUAACACCCAUCCCCAAUGAUUACAUACUUUCCCAAUUCAUGCUUUUCCCCUUCCCCCCCACAAGUUCAUUAUGGUUCCUUGAGCUGUUUUCUGUACAAUCUAGUUGCACGAGUUGCGUCCUCAGUCUUUAUAUAUUCAGUGUUGCCACUCUCCAGCACUGCAGAAGGAAGUGUGACAGGACGUCUCUGUUUUAGUUUCCUUAACGUUUUUGUGGCGACUCGGAGAAGGUCAGAGCUCAUUCUAUUUAUUUUCAUAUUUAUUGAGAUACCUAGCUGUUACCUGCGAUUAUUUAUACCUGUUUUCCAAAACGACCCUGAAGAAACACACAAUGGUAUCUGUGUUGUGGGAAGAAGAAAAAAAAAUGACUGAGAUCCGAUCCUUUCAAGUUGAAAAACAACAACAACCCCAAAAAAACCAAAAAAAAAAAAAAAAACAUGUAGCAGUUUGUUUCUUUCCUUGUUCCUGUUCGCUGGACUAAGUUCGGAGCGACAAUCCGGCGUCGCGCGUUGGUGCCAUCGAUGUGCCUUUUUAUCGCCACGAUCUGCUGAUUCCACGCUGGGGACGGCGCAGAGGCUCUCACGACUCCAGUAGCCGAAUGCAUCUUGUCAGAUUAAAGCGUCCUUAGCUGCAGAAGCUAAAUCCUCACUAGUUGACCGACUGAGCAGUUAGUCCCGUCGCCUGUCUUGGUGAGACGGGUGCAGGUACAGAUUGUUUCUUCUUGACCUAAGAUGAAGGAAAUCUUUUCUGGAUUUAAAAAGAAGCUCAAGAUUUAUGUAAAAAAAGAAAGAAAAAAAAAAAGGUCUGCCCCAUGUGCAUUCAUACAUACGCCUGCAUCCACAGUGCAUGCAAGGCAUCUAAAUUCUUUAUGUGUGCAGAUGGUUUAAGAAAAUAGCUAUAAAGAGAUAUUGAAUCAGAAAAAGCUUGAUUUUCUUGUUUAUGCCCGUUUUUCUGCAUUCUUGUAUGUACAAAGCACAGAUUUAUAGUUCUAUAUUGUUGCUGCUGAGUGACGCUACAGUGCUGGCACUGCCAUCUUAUUGACACACCAUGAAAUUGCAGCCUGUAUCCAGUUUUAGUGACUAAACCCGCCCCUCUCCUCCUCAUUUUUCCUCUCGUCUGCUGCGUCCAUAUUUUUUAUUUUAUUUUUUUUUCAGCUGACGUCUUUUGUUGGCCUGAUGCAGCAGAGCAGGGAAAGUGAUACAGUUCUCUUGUCCGCUCCAUGGCACAUCUUUCGGGUGCGUCUGCGUAGAGUUUCUGUUAAAUACCUCUGUUUUGAUAUGCUUUUAGUGCAAGUCUAAGCUCUUCAGUUCAUUUCCAUUAGGUUCUGUACUUGUCAGAUUACCGUUAAGCCAUUUUUCCUGAGAUACUGUUCGGUUGUCAUGGAUUUCACAAAUAAGUGAUGUAAAUACAACAAAGCUGUUUAUACAUGAAGUUGAAAUAAAUGUUUUGUACAGUU